UGCAUCUAUAUAUUGUCCACGCCCGUUUCCCUCCUUUGCUGGUUCUUUGUCUCCUCCAUUGAUCCCAAUCUCUGCCUAGCUUCUCCCUAACCUCCUCCACGUGUUCUCUCUUUCACCUUCUCCAUUCUGCUUUCUCUCUCCCUCAAAACACAAACAACUUAAAGUACUAAACACACCAUGGAAACGCCUUCCUUGACCUACAUAUCCUCCGGCAAUGAGAGUUUGUGCUGCGUAGAAGAAAAUAAUGAUGACGAUGAAGACUCCUUGCUCUUGCUUUCCCUUGCUCCUCCUGGUCAACAACCCAUCAUCAGCAGCAGCAGCAGUAGUAAUAGCACUCACCCUUCCACAAAAACCAAUGAUCACCACAUAUUCACCAACCCUACCACCAAUGAUGAAACUAGUUUUACUGCUGGUGGUGUAACAGUAGCUUUGCAUAUUGGCCUUCCUCCUCCACCAACAACCACCACCCCAAACCCUAACCCUAAUAACGCCUCUCCAUCUGAAUCUCCUCUUGCACACGAGGGACAGUAUUGGAUCCCUUCCCCUUCCCAAAUCCUCGUCGGCCCAACUCAGUUCUCCUGCCCCGUCUGCUCCAAGUCCUUCAACCGUUACAACAACAUGCAGAUGCAUAUGUGGGGGCAUGGAUCUCAGUACCGAAAGGGCCCCGAGUCGCUUCGAGGAACGAAGCCGGCUUCCUCGAUUCUCCGACUCCCGUGCUACUGCUGCGCCGACGGGUGCAGGAACAACAUCGACCACCCGAGGUCGCGGCCGUUGAAGGAUUUCAGGACCCUGCAGACGCACUACAAGAGGAAGCACGGGGUGAAGCCGUUCGGGUGCAGGAAGUGCGGCAAGAGCUUCGCGGUGAGAGGCGACUGGAGGACACACGAGAAGAACUGCGGGAAGCUCUGGUUCUGCAUUUGUGGGUCAGAUUUCAAACACAAGAGGUCGUUGACGGACCACGUGCGUGCUUUUGGGGACGGCCAUUCCCCACACACCGUGGAGCCCUAUGUGGAGAAUGAAGUCGAAGAUGAUGACGAUGAAGAAGAAGAAGAUUACAGUAGUAAUGAUGAUGACGAAGAAGAGUAUAGUCAUCCACGUUUGAGCAAUAAAAAUGGUGAGGUGACACGUCAUCAUCAUAUUAAUCGUGGUCCGUACCUCUACUAAGUUAGUUGCUAAAUGCUGUAAUAAAUAUUGUUAUGAUGAUGAUGAUUAUGAUUAUAUAGGAAUAUCCAAAGGGCAUUGUUGUAGUUUAUGGGAUUGGGAGGAGUGUGUAUUUUUGUUUGGUAUUUAAGAUAAGAGGGUGGGAGGAAAUGGAGAUGGAGAUGAAAGACAAACAGUAUAGUGAAAGGUGGAAAGGGUGAUAGGUCCCUCCCUGGUGCUGAUUGCUACCUCUUGCAAGUUUCUAAAUUGAAAGGUAAGAAGACAAGACCUCUUUUUAGGUAUAUACUUUUUUACCUCUCCUCCUUUUGCUUUGCAUUUAACGUACGGGAAAUAAUAAUAACUGAUCGAG